AUGAUAGAACAAAUUAUUUUUGAUUCUAUAAGUGCUACAGCUUCAAUUGUUUUCUAGGCAUCUAUAGGAUUAUACCUUUGCCAUAUUAAGCUACUUGAUUAAGAAAAAUUAAACUAUUUGAGCAAAUUAGUGGAGCAAAUUUUUACUCCAUGCUUAAUUUUUUCUUCAUUUGUCUAAACUCUUGAUAUGACAUAAAUUGAAGAGUGGCUUAUCCCUAUGAUAAUUGGUUGCUUGAGUGUUAUUUUAGGUAUGACUGUUGGUUAUUUAGCUAAUAAAUAUAUUAUUAAAGAUAACGAAUAUGAAUCUAUUAUUAUUUUGGGAAGUGGAUUAGCAAUGACAACUAAUAUGCAACUCAAUUUAUCUCAUACUCUAAGAGAUUACUUAGAUUAAAUAUCUCUUGCUUAAGGUUAUGAAAGCCCUAUAAAUGGUGAAUAAAGAGCAGUUAAGUAUGUAAUGAUUAAUACAUUUAUCAAUACUGUUAUGAGAUGGACAUUUGCUAAAUAGAUUCUGAUAAACCUUAAAAAAAAGUACGAAGAAUAGUCUGUUAUAGAUUAAGAGUAGAAAUACUUUUAAAAGUAAAUAGAAAUGAAUGAUGUGAGCUAAUCUUUUAAAAGAGUUUACUAAGCUGAGUUAUAAGAUCCAAUUAUUAGAUCAACUGUUCCCUCUCCCUAACCUAAUGAAACAAACAAAAGCGAGGAAUCAGCAAUCAAAAAUCUAUUAAAAAACCCACCAUUUAUGAUGUCUCUUUUCUCUGUAAUUGUAUGUAUGAUACCCCCCUUAAGAGAAAUUCUUAUAUAAGAAGGUUCAAUGUUAAAUAGAGCUAUUUUCUAAUCAUGUGCCUCAGUAGGUCAUGUAAUUUUACCACUGGUACUAAUAACACUUGGAGGAAAUUUAUAUAUUAGUUAUAAUUCCUCUUCGGAAAGGUCUAAUUCUGAAAUUCAGGAAUCAAAAAUAAGCAAAAAAACCAUUCUGUCUAUUACUAUAAUUAGAUUAUUGAUUAUGCCUUUUUCUGGUUGGAUAACUCUAUAUUUUUUUAAUUUAUUCAAUUUAGUAAACGAUCCUGUCUUACACUUCAUAACAAUAGUAAGCAAUGCAGUACCACCAGCAAUUAAUUUACUUAUAAUAUCAACACUUUACUUUCCAAAAACUGCUAAAGAAAUGUCUAAAGUGCUUCUUUGUGGAUAUUCAACAAACAUCAUUACUUUACCAAUAGUUAUAUCUAUAUUUUUUGAUAAUUACUUUACAUGA